CUCAAAUCAUUCAUGAAUUACACUUUGCACAGUGAGCAUUUUUGCAUUAUUUCUGACUGUCUACAAUGCUGAGUAUUAACAAUAGUAAGCCUCGUCCAUCUUUUGUCACAUGAAAAAGGUUUUGGCCCAUAGCCAAGUUUAUUGCGUCGAUAGGAAUGUCUCAAACAUAAUUCAUGCAUUGCCUACACAAGAUCCAGUCAUGUCUGGACAAGUUGCACAUGGUCAACUUGUUCGCUGCAUAUAUUCAAACAUGCAUCAAUGCAUACACUGUCUGUGAAAUGUAUGAACCAGAGGACAUGUUCUAUUCCAAAGAAAAAUUGCGGUGUCUGGUUGGAACUGUCACAUCGAUCUAACUGUAUGCUGGUCAUUAAUGAAUUCUGAAGGACAAUAAUAAUUAUAGCUGGAUUCAUAAAGUCCUUUUUGCCUGAGGAUACAAAGGGCUGCUAUUGUUAACCCAGCUUUAGCUGUGCUGUCAUAUAGGCCCUGAAGCAUUCAAGUAUCCUGGAAACAGUAAGAAUAGAGCCUAAUCAUCAAGGGCAGGAGUCAUCCAAGAGAUUCCUCAGAGAUGAGUGCUACACUUCUUCCAGUGUUAUCUUUGGACCUCACAACCCAAAUGUGGAUUCUGCAAUAUCAUCGCUGGUGAAAAUUUUGACACAGGUCAUCAUCGACAGAACCACUUCAUUGUUGAACUAGUUUCCUCUGGCCUUUUCCUGAUUCAUCCAUUGUCACUUAAAGUCUUCAUAAAAAUCUAAAUCAUACGUCGUCUUUUCUGCAAGCACACUUCAAUUACUAACCAUGUUGUUCAUGAAAUGUAGCAUACCAAUAUUUACAAUAUUGUUACAUGUAUAUUUUCAAGAAUGUUUUGGCAAAACUUUUCGUGAACUAAAGGGGAACAGUAUCAAAUUUUCAUUGAACUAUCCAUGCAACAGUACAAAGGUAACGUUAAGGCAUUCAACCAGAUCACCCUUUUAUAAAUGUACGCCUGCCAAUGAAGGUACUGUCUCAUUGCCAAAUGAACAACAAGGCCGUUUUGUAAUUCAUAACAGUAAUGAAUCUUGCUCCAUCACUGUCCAAAUUAGGAAUCUUACAAUAGAUGACAGAGGGACCUAUUAUACAUCAGUUUAUAUGGGAGACAAUCUUAAAGACAAAUAUACACACAGGAUUGGGUUACAAGUAGAUUAUCCACCUAGCAUACGAUCUUGCGUAUUAGGUGAUGACAGUGAUGCCAUCUAUACCACGCUAGAAUGCACAGCUGAUAAAGGGACAAUUGAUGGAACAUUUAAAUGUUACCAAAAUCAAAGAGGGAUAUAUUCUCUGGUAAUUCCUGCAUCCCAGGAAUGGAUAGAUUCUCUUGUGAUUCCUGCAUCCCAGGAAUUGAGACACAUGAUAAAAAUAAUAAAAGGCAUCCCAGUAUUCUGUUGUAUCACAAUGGUUUCCCAAUCCAUCAAUCCAUGUGGGUGUCAUGAUAUUGUGCAUCCAUUGUAUACUAACCAGGAACCAUGUCCAACACCUACUACAGCCACUCCUCAGACUACCAUCCUUACCGAAUUAAAAAGAGCACAAAACAUAAUUCUUUCCAUUUCAGAAGAGGGCUUCAUUCAUAUUCAUGACUGGCUACCAAAAUAUUCCUCUCAAGAAAAUCUUUGCAGAUUUACACCUGCAGUUUUCGUAAUAGCCAUAGUUGCAUCCUCAUUCUUAUUCUGCUGGAUGAAGGAUGAGCUUUAGUAAGAAACAAUUACUCAAGUCAGGCUGAAUUGCUUUUAUAAAUGCCUCUACCUUUCAUUUGAAAUUCUCACUAUACACACUUUUAAGUACUGGUAAUUACUAUAAACUAAUUUUUCCUCCCAAGCAAAUAUAAAAUCAUCAGGGCUAUUCCACGGUUACUCACGUUACAUUUGGAGACACAUUGACUCAUACUUGGA